UAAAAGUCUUUUUUCUCUCGCGCUCGCUCUCCUCCGGGAAACAAGCGGAGGCGUCAAUCUGCAGUCGCCGAGUGAGAAAACGACGCUCACGCAGCGAGCGAAGCGACCGCCCGCCGUCUCCUCAGCUCCCCACGGUCCGGCCCCAGAGCCCGGGUUGAGGAAGGAACCAGCCGUCCUGCCGGGCCAUCUCAGCCUGGAGUCGGCGCUUCUGCGUUCGCUUCGCUCACGCCCCGGCUUCCAGAGGGGAUUACUGGGCCGUCCGUGCGGCUCGGCGGCCCGGGAGCCAUGUUGACCAGGGGGCUUGGUAACGCGUGAGGACUUCCAGCCCCUCCCGGAGGCCCCGGACCCUUGGCGAGAGCCGGAAGGCGGCGACGGCGGAGGCCUGCGCCUCGGGUCGGCCGGCCGCUGGGACCCGGACCUGCAUCCGGUCGCGGCGGGCGUCGGCUGAGUCGCUUUCCCUCCGCGCCUCGCCUUGUCCGGGGACUCGGCCCCUGCACUUGCUGGAAUUUUCAAGGCACAUUAAAUUGAUAGGAUGAAAAAAUUUAAGAGAAGGCUCUCCCUCACACUUCGAGGAAGCCAGACUAUUGAUGAAUCAUUGUCCGAGUUGGCUGAACAAAUGACGAUUGAAGAAAACAGCAGCAAGGAUAAUGAGCCCAUUGUGAAGAAUGGCAGACCUCCAACUUCUCACAGUAUGCAUUCCUUCCUCCACCAGUACACAGGGUCUUUCAAGAAGGCCCCACUGCGGAGACCACACAGUGUUAUUGGAGGAAGCCUUGGCUCCUUCAUGGCAAUGCCCAGAAAUGGAAGCAGAUUAGAUAUUGUUCAUGAAAAUUUAAAAAUGGGUUCAGAUGGUGAGAGUGACCAAGCUUCUGGGACAUCAUCUGAUGAAGUCCAGUCCCCUACAGGUGUUUGUCUUAGAAAUCGUAUACAUAGACGGAUCUCAAUGGAGGAUUUAAAUAAGCGAUUAUCAUUGCCUGCAGAUAUCAGAAUACCUGAUGGAUAUCUUGAAAAGUUGCAAAUAAACAGCCCACCAUUUGAUCAACCAAUGAGUCGACGGUCUCGUAGAGCUUCCUUAUCAGAAAUUGGGUUUGGAAAAAUGGAAACCUACAUCAAAUUGGAAAAGCUUGGAGAGGGUACAUAUGCAACUGUAUAUAAAGGCAGAAGUAAGUUGACAGAGAAUUUGGUGGCAUUAAAAGAGAUCCGAUUGGAACACGAAGAGGGUGCACCCUGCACAGCUAUAAGAGAAGUUUCACUAUUAAAGGAUCUAAAACAUGCAAAUAUAGUUACGUUACAUGACAUUGUUCACACAGAUAAAUCUUUGACUCUGGUCUUUGAAUAUCUGGACAAAGACCUAAAACAAUACAUGGAUGACUGUGGAAACAUCAUGAGUAUGCACAAUGUAAAGCUGUUUUUAUACCAAAUUUUACGUGGUUUGGCAUAUUGCCACCGAAGAAAGGUGUUGCACCGAGACUUGAAACCACAGAACCUCCUCAUUAAUGAAAAGGGAGAGUUAAAGCUAGCAGAUUUUGGACUAGCCAGAGCCAAGUCAGUUCCCACAAAGACCUACUCAAAUGAAGUUGUCACACUGUGGUACCGGCCUCCUGAUGUGCUUCUGGGUUCCUCAGAAUACUCAACACAGAUUGAUAUGUGGGGUGUAGGUUGCAUUUUCUUUGAAAUGGCUUCUGGAAGACCUCUAUUUCCUGGAUCUACUGUGGAAGAUGAACUGCACUUGAUUUUCCGACUGCUUGGAACUCCAUCUCAGGAUACAUGGCCAGGUGUUUCUUCAAAUGAUGAAUUCAAGAACUACAGCUUUCCAAAAUAUAAACCACAGCCUCUAAUUAACCAUGCACCUAGGUUAGACUCGGAAGGAAUUGAGUUGAUAACAAAAUUUCUUCAGUACGAAUCUAAGAAAAGGGUUUCAGCAGAAGAUGCCAUGAAACAUGUAUAUUUUCGAAGUCUGGGACCAAGAAUACAUGCUUUAUCUGAAAGUGUUUCAAUAUUCAGUUUGAAAGAAAUUCAAUUGCAAAAGGACCCGGGUUUUCGAAAUUCUUCUUAUCCAGAGACAGGACAUGGGAAGAACAGAAGACAGAGCAUGCUCUUUUAA